AUGGCUAGAUUGCAGUUGAUUGUCGUGAAAUUGGCCAUCAUAAGAUAUCGGUGGCGCUGCUGGGACAAGUUUGCGGAUGCCCGGGUGUCACCAAUUUUGAAAGGGAUCCCAUACACAACGGACAAUGCGCGGCGUUUAUGGGAAGCGCCCUCUGUGGGUGUAUGCGGCCCCUGCGGGACAACGUUGCAAGCCACUUGUCAGGAGGAGUAUGCGCGUAAUUCUCCAACACAGAACCGCGCAAGCUACUCUAUGUCUAGAUCACCAGGCAGUCCGAUGUCGCUCGGCAUCGUAACGACUUCGAAUCCCCCACAAUUGAUGGCCUGCAUGCGCAUUCGAAACGUCGAGGUGGUAACUCACCCAUAUGGCAGCUCGCGCACUCGCUCAGACCGAGCGUUCUCAUCCGCACAAUCGCCUCCAAAAGACGUGCGGGCGGUCGAGUGCCUACACUCCGUCCAAGCGAUGUCCGAUGAAGCGGAGGGCCCGAAUCAACCGGUCCGCGAUCUUGCCGAUGUCAACAAGGUCGGUGUCGGCGCGUCGCUUGUAAGUACGUGUUCAUCCAUCAGUGGACUCUUCGCUUCCAAAUUUGCGGCGUCCCCUUCACCCAAGGAUCAAGAGCAAGGCUCAGCGGAGACUUACGAGGUCAGGUUCGAGCUCGUCGACCUUGUACCAACCUGGGACAUGGAGGACACAUCGGAUGUGUCAGACAUGCGACGACGACGAGAGGCCCUUUGA